UUUUCAAAUAACAAUAAGCAUCAUGACUUUUUGACUACAUGUCGUCUUCGACUGUGUACCGCCAUCUAGUAGCUUAUAGUCACAUACAUAGUUGUGUGAGUCAACCAGGUUCCCUGUUACCUACAUUAUUUUACACUUUGUAACCAGGUUUCCUCGCGAUGGUUACGAAUGAACGGCAUCAACGAGUUGGCUCUUGCCGUCCUCUUAAUUCGCCGAAGUCAGACACUAUUAUAAAGUGUACCAACUAGUAGUACCUACUAUCUACUACUACUAGAAGUAUAGUUAGUAUCCUAGUAUUAUAACAUUAUUAUCCUAAACUCAUUUACCUAUAGAAAACAAAGGAGAUGUGGAAAAAUGUGUACUUACGCUUAUUAGUUAGUUGCCAUAACAACCUGAGGCGCAAAUAGACGUCAGAUAGAUACUCUUCUGUGGACGUCAGACAGGAAUCGGUUUUGUUUACAGUUUAGGGCUGCUAAGUAACUCUCAGCAGUCAAUAAAAGUGGAUUAUCUAUUCGUUAAUAUCUUGUUUCAUCUCUGAGCACAAUGGAUAAUUUGGACGGUAACGCCUGGGUGUUUGACUCCCUUGUGGGUUUCCUCCACGGGCCCGUGUGGAACGUGCCUCUGCAAACCUUCAUUGAAGAAAAAUCACUUCCGUUUGAACCCACGGAAAAUGGAGAUGUUCCUGAUAGGCCAGAAUACAAGAAGAUUCACGACGAAUAUCGCAACUUGGUGGAUGUAAUGUUGGGCUCGUUCAUGGAAGACAUUGGAAUAUCAGCAGACCAAUUCGAAGCAGCAUGCAGACUGUCGGCGCGCGACUUGGCAGGACUGCCCGCGCAUUUUCACAGGAGACUUUUUGAACAAAUCUGGGCGGCAAAUGACUACGAAAUGUUUGUCAAGAUGAUGACCCAUAAGAACGUGGAACUACAGCUACAGGCUUUGGAACUGAUUGAAAGGCGUUUUGGGACUAUGCCAUUAUUUUCUUCGGACGUAGAGGAUUUAGACUCGUCAAGAAGUGACGAAAGUGAAGGAUGGCCCGAUACUGAUGAUGUGAUGACUGAAAUAAAGAAGCUGCAACUAGAAGAUUUCCAAGGUGGUGACAGUAAUGUGAGCGUGCCUCCAGAAGAGGUAGUGACUGAAAAGCAGACUCUACUUUCCAAACUGCACAGUUUUGAUAAGAAGGAAAAGAUAGAGAAGAUAGAGAAAAUUGAAGAAAAAAAAACACCGGCACCGCCCGUUGAACUGCCGAAACCACCUCCAAAGAAACCAGAGGUAAGCGAUGAAGAAGUGAAGGCUCGCCAGGAAUACUUGAAGCAACAGAGGGACAAAUUGCUGGCCCUGAAGAAGCAGGUCCGUGAGCGCAGACUGGACGCUGCUGAAAACAGUGUUGAAACUGAAGAUGGGGAAGGCACCAAAAAAGCUCUUAGUAGGCCUCGUUCGGCGCGUGUGGCGCAAGCAGCACUCGCCGGCGCCCCUCCCCCGCCGCCCCCCGACGCAAUGCAACUCCGCCGAGCUCUCGCCUCCAAACUGAAGACUGAAGUCGUUGAUACUCAACUGUGAAUGGCUUGAUAAGAUAAUAGUGUAUUGGCACCUUUAUUUGUUCAUAUUUACUGCAUAUUAUAUGUCUCUCGUAUUACGAUAAA